GAAGGUGGAGGAUAUUUCAUUAUUAAUGGUAUUGAAAAAGUUGUUCGAAUGUUGGUGCUGCCUAGAAGGAACUACGUACGUAUUAAACGCUAAUGAAAUACGACGCUUGUAAAACGUUUAACUGCUGUAUCAGAAAGCAACUAGAUCUAGUUUAGUUUAGCAUGUUUCUGGACUCUGAGGUGGAUGGAAAGCUUUGACAGGUUUUAUAAAUAAUUGAUAAAUGUUUUGGGGGGUUAGUUAGUUAUAUUUAGAUCAAUGCCUAAUAUUUAGUUUUUCGCGAAGACCCGGAGGAGUGGACCAACCAAACUCAACUUGGCUAUACAAUCAUGCGUUUUCAAGCUUGCCUUUUCAAUCAAGCGAAGUAAAUCCUGUUCUUGACUUGCAAUGGCAGGCUUACUUUUACUUACUGUGACUCAAAGGCAGCUCGCCGACACGUGGUCUGGUACCAUGUCUUUCCGCAGGAGCGGACGGCGUUGGAACUAACGACUUUAGCACUAUGUAACUUUCCUUUCGUUCCUAUCCUGCGGAGGGUUUUCCUGGGUGCAAACUGGCCUUUUUAUAUUACUAAAGAUCUAAUGUAGAAUGUGUCAUGUUCGUUCUGUAAGGGCUGCUGUAAUUGGCGUAAAGCUGUAGCAUAUACCCUGCCAUUGAUUGAUUGAUUGAUUGAUAGUUUGUAUAUUCUUGUGUUUGUAUUUGUGCAGAUAUGAUUGUGUGAAAUUGGCAAAGCAUAAUAAAUAAAUAAAUAAAUAAAUAAAAUAAAUAAAUAAAUAAAUGUGUUUCAUACCUUGGGCGUAUAGAAACUUGAUAAUUAACGACAUGAUCAUAAUGUUUGAGUUGAAGCUAUAAUAGUGGCUCUACACCGGGAAAGCUGAAAAAAGUACUUGGAUGCGGUGGGAAUGUUUCAGCUUGCUCAGUGUGGAGACAUUCGGAGAAGUAUCAUCUAAAAAAUUCUCUGAGUUGUAACGCCACAAUUAUUAUACAUUUAUGUUCAUACAAGACACGAUACUGUUGAAAUUAUUUUCUUUUUGACUUUUGAUAGCCCCUAGCAAUUACUCGUUCAUCCUGGCGAAAGCGUGGUCCUUUAUACACUGAAUAUGGAAUUCAAAUUCGUUGUGUACAGAAAGACCAAACAGGCAAUGUGAGUUUUAUAUUAUUGAGUGUACUGUAUAUAGUCUAACAUUUAUCGUAGUUCACGUGAUAGUGCCAUUCAUUUCACGUGCUCCAGAAUCAUUCUAUAAUAAUGUUCGUCUGGUUUUAUGGUUCUGUUCCAUGACUUUAUGGAUUUCACUCAAUGCCACGAAUUCAGUCACGAUUCAAUAAAUGUUUCGUUUUUUCCAAAUCCCACUGUUCUCCGUGCCAUCCAGUCAUUUUAAUUAUUCACAGGUCCUACAAUAUAAUGUAAAGGACUUCUGUAUUUCAGACAAUGGUACUUCACUACCUUACCGAUGGAACAUGUUCUCUUUCAUUCAUCUACAACAAAGAACAGUUUUUCAUGCCAGUUAUGUUUAUUUUAAAGGUAUUUGAUUUGCAAGAUAACAUGAAUUAAAUAAACAAGUGUGAAUAGUUUUAACAAAAAAUAAGAUUGCUAAAUGAAAGCAUCAUGCACAAGAAUUUUUGUGCCUCUUGUAUUUUAAAAUGACCAGAAAUUACAAUAAUUACAUCGAGUUAUCCUAUACACAGAAUGGAGUGGGCAAUUAAGAACCUUUCUAACAUGAAGACAUGCAUCCCUUGACAACCUGUCCGCUGAAUGCCACAACUUUUUUGAAAUCUUCAAAGUUCAAACAUCACAAAACAAUAUGUUCCAAUAUGACCUGGAAAUCGCAGUAAAUUACUUCAUUAAAGAAUAUUCAAGUUUGAUCUCAUGUUUCAAGCCACCAGUAUUACAGUUAGUAUAUAUACUGCAUGCAUGUAUACAUGAGAAUUAGAGAUGCAAUGUAUAUAAUGUACUCUCCAGAGUUAUUGGGAUUGGAAGUAUUUGUAUUUUUGAAGGCUUUGUAUGAUACAACUGAUCAACAUAUUUACAAAGAACUUACGAAAGAUCAAGAAACAAACACGUUUUUAAAAGAGUAAGUUUAUACUUUUGAUCAUUGUAAUCCUUGUAUUGAUGUGAUACCUGUUUUUAUGCAGAUCUCUCCUGCUCGUAUUUUCAAUAAUAAUUACAAUCUGUUGUUUUGAUGUUGCUAAUUCAGUUGUGUUGCAACCAUGUUGAGGCAAGCACAAGAUAAAGAAGUAACGACACAAGCAAAGAUUCUGAAUUAUAUUGGUAUGAUAUUUUUGUGUGUGUUUUGGUGUUAUGUACUCAGAUGAAUAUAAUGUUUUUGAUGUUACUCUGAGUGUAUAUCCACACCGGGAAGCCUGACCACGGUGGGAAUCGAACCCAAGACCUUUGGGGGAUAACUUUUCAGCUAACUGCAGGCUAACUUUUCAGCCUGCCCGGUGUGGAUAUAUAAGUAACAUCAAAAACAUUAUAUUGGUAUGUUUUCAAUUGGAAACCAUGAUACUGAUAAUAGUGGUAAAAAUUGCAGCACGGCUUGCGACGGACCUUGUUGCAUGAUCUUGUCUUGCUGAUCUUCUACCCGUGUAAAUAUUGAAGUUUAGAUUUGACUCCCACUACCAUUACAGUACCUUUCGCUGGCUUAGUGCAUGUGAUUGGUUAAUCGGGUCGAUUAAACUCAUCUGAUUGAUUAAUGGCCCCUUAAUUGUGGAAAUAAAAUUUAAACCUCACUAAUAUCAGAAAUACCUUUUGUUCAUUUAAACUUCAUAUUUUGAAAAUUAUUUAGCAAAGGUAUUUACUGUACUAAUAAUAUACAUACAAAUAUUACUCGAUUGGUUGAUUUCAGUGCAGUUAAUGUCAAACAGCAGUGCAAACAUGGCGGCCGCGCUACAUCAAAUAAAAGUUGAGUUCGAGUGGAAAAUAGGCAUGGCUUUUUUUUUAAAUGCAGGAAAAGACUUUACCUUAAAUAAGACUAACAAAACGUACAUAGUUGAGUGAAAUUUUCAAGCCCUCGAACAUUUGUGUGUAUAUUAUUAAUACGUAAUAGCCUAAUAGGAUGGUUUCUCCUGAAAUUUGGAAAACUCACUCGUACAUGUUAAUUUUAUCCAAAUUGCACUCAAAACCAUCCUAUUACCUAUAUUUAAUGCCACAAACUAAAGGAUAGUAAUUUUGAGAUGACCACUUUUUCUCCUAUGAAAUCUAUCAGUUAUUUGUACUUAUCAAAUCCAGUGACCAACUCAAACUUAUACAUACUUGUCUUGUGGCACUUCUUCAGUUACAUCAUUAGUUUGUCGUAUUUUUCUUGUAUUUAUUUGUUGACUGAUUUGUUCAUUAUUUUAGGUGAGAGAUUUCGAGUGAAGUUGGGUUUACCUGAGUGGUAUAAUAAUGUAUCAGCUGCUAAAUUUUUAAUUCGGUAAUUAUAAAAUUUUGAAUUUCAUACUGUAAUUCCAUAUAGUAUGUACUCACUUCACUAAGAGAGGAUCACCAGAGAACACUUCGUUUUGAUCAGUGGCGGAAAGUGGUGUCCACUCGGCCACACUUCACCCACGGUGAAGCACACACCGGAAAAGGGAGCAAGGUCCAUAACGGCGGGGGCCCUUACCCGCGUCCUGAUCUUCGCAUCUCUCGGUCACUUCACCACGGGGAAGCCCGGUCUGGACACGAGAUUCAAGGUCCAUAACGGUGAGGGCCCUUACUCUCAUCCUGAUGUUGUUUGUCCACCUUUUCUAGGGGCCCUUACCUCCAGAAACCGCACUUUCCAUCACCCAAUUUGGUCACAAAGUUUUGCGUGAUUUAUUAAAUUUUAAAUUUCAUACUGUAAUUCCAUAUAGUAUGUACUCCACUAAGAGAGGAUGACCAGAGAGCAUCAUCCUAAGUAUAUCUUCAACUGACUGAUAUCGAAGGAACUAGACUGAGUUAAGAAAUAUAGCCCACCCGAACCGACUUGACCUCGUAUCUAGCUCAAUUGGUAGAGGAUUGGACUAGCAAACCGAAAGUCGUGGGUUCAAUUCCCACCGCGGUCAAGCAAAAUUUUCAGCAAGGCUGGUGUGGACACGCUCAGAGAGCAUAAUCCUAAGUAAUAUGUUUAACCUAAUACGAUAUACGUGUUACAUAACAUUUCUUUUUGUUUUAUUUCAGGAAAUGCAUCUGUGUUCAUUUGGAUUCUUAUCUUGACAAAUUUAACCUCAUUGUGUAGGUUAUGAAUGUACCUAUAGUGAUCUAUAGUUUAUUUGAUAUUCACUUACUCUGAAGCAAAGACGCAUUGGUCUACAUUCUCACAGGAGGUGAUCAACAACAUGAUUUUAUUUUCCCGUUGUGUUUAGGUUUAUGAUCAAGAAGUUAUACGCUCUCGCUCUGGAAAAAUGUGCAGUAGAAUCAGCUGAUAAUCCAAUGAAUCAAGAAUUACUUCUUGGUGGACAUUUCUAUCUUAUGGUUUUAAAAGUAAGAACUUAUCAAUAGUCGAAGCAAAUAACAGGAGUGCAUGUCCGUAAUAUAUCAACUUAACAACUUUCGUGUGAUUGUCGUCUUUUACGACAGGGUUAAGAUUAGGGGGAUGGGGUUGGAGUGGUCAGAGUUAAGAGUUGGUGGUCUUAUUAAAAAUAGAAUUCAUUGACGAAACUCACACGAAGUUGGCGAAUUGGUAUAUUAUAGACACCGUGAAUAACAGUUAUUAUUGCUGUGUUAUCUGAUAUGGGCCGUGUGAUUAAAUGUGCUGAAACUUUGCAAAGCUAUUUAUUUAGGCUAGUGCACUCAGCAAACAUUUUGAUUUCUUUGAAUCGUGAAGUGUCACUGGCUCCAAUCUAUGACAAAAAAAUCUAAUGUCUUGAUACACCUUUUCAAUAGUUGCGUCGCGAAUACGUUUUUUGGCCUGGGAGCCUCAUGACUCUCAUGUUCAAGACGAAACAACGAGGGAGAUAACAGCAAGAAUAGAAAAAGCCGUUGCAAUGUUCACAUACUGUACGCUCGGAAAUUACACAGAAAUCGUUUCUUUUUAUCUAGAACGGGAACUGAAAACGUUUGGAUUUGUAUUUCUCGGGCCAAGGAGAGAUUUAAUUGUGACGCAAUUACAUGCAUGCAUGUUACAACAUCUUCAAUAAAUCUUCCCUGUUACAUGACAAGUUAUGAUUAUUAUUUAUUUUGUAUAUCUUAAGGAGAAACUGGAAGUAUGGUUGACCUCUCUAAAAUAUGCUUUGGAGAAAGAUAUCAAGAAGAAUCCGAGCAAAUUUACUUUAAAUUCAAGUAAGGUUUUCUUAAUUUCCUACCAUCUUUGUGAGUGUUAUUAUUAUAUUAUAUAAGUAAUCAUACUGAGAUAAAAGAGGAAUAGCUUGAGUCGAUUACCGAUUAUCUCAUUGGAUGAUAAUUUUAGUAAACAAUUCUUAAAAUAAAAAUCAAACAGAAAGUUGGGAAAUUUUUUUAGAAACUUCCUCAUAUUCUUGAGGUACUGGUCAAAUGAAUACAUACUGUAACUUGUCACGAGCCUGAGUAAUGGUUUUUAUUCCGUGAAGACUACAACUAGGCAAAAUUCGCAUUGGAAAAAUAGAGUAUUCUCAAUGUCCGUAAAUAAAUUUAUCAGAAUGCUGUCAUUAUCACGACUGUCAAGACUUCACUUUCAGUAACGGGAAUGGGAAGGGUGGGAAUUAAUAAGAAAGAUGGUAGCUUUAAACCAGGGCACGUGCUUUAAACAAAUGAAAUGGAAUUUCCAUUGAUAUAUUUCUGGUAAUAUCGUUAAACACAUCUGUUUGGCUUUGUUGUGAAAUUUCUCGUCUUCUCUUGGUAACAUGCAUGCAUUGGAAGCUUUGAUGUAAAUAUUUUCCCCACAGCGUCUAUACUGAAGAACAUGGCUCAUUGUUUCAACUUGACUCAUCAGAUGGGAUAUUUAUUAGCAACUGGUACUCUACGUAGUAAAUCUGGACUUGGAUUGAUGCAGGUAUAAUCUCACAGCUCCCCGCCAGUCAGAAUAGGGAAAUUUUUCAUGUAUUUUAUAUAAUCUUAUCAUGGUAAAGGGAUUUUUUUAGAUGUUGUCUAUAGUUAAGAAAGCUCAUAACAAUUUCUCUCUCACAAUUUUACCCAGGUUGCAGGUUACUCAGUGGUGGCAGAUAAACUCAAUUAUUACAGAUAUCUUUCACAUUUCCGCUGUGUUCAUCGCGGAGCUUUCUUCGCUCAAAUGAGAACAACGUCCGUGAGAAAACUUCUGCCAGAGGCCUGGGGUGAGGAAGAUUGCAUUUAAGAUAUAAUACCCAAGAUAUGUUUUAAUAAAAACAUCUUCAACAUAAAAACAUUCUUGAAAUUAAGGUGAUAUUUCAUGACCCAAGAUAUGUUUUAAUAAAAACAUCUUCAACAUAAAAACAAUCUUGAAAUUAAGGUGAUAUUUCAUGAGUAUCAGGCCGAUUUAAAAAUAUAACCAUGUCAAACACUGUAUAACCUGGACCUACUGUACAUUAGUUGUAAUAAGUUUGAAAGUCUUAUCUCAGCAUAUGUUCGUUUUAUAUUUGCAGGAUUUUUAUGCCCAGUUCAUACACCAGAUGGGGCGCCCUGUGGAUUAUUAAAUCAUUUAGCGGCUAUGUGUGAGGUAUGUUGAGUUCUUGGGAGAACUCAUAAAAACAAAAGUACAGUGUACGAGAGUUGAAAGUGGUAUCUGCCUAAACCAUUAUAUUUUUGUAAAGGUCCAACCCAUUUGUAGGAUAUUGAGGUGCGAAUUUAUGUUGCCAACAUAACCUGACUCUCUUGGUCCUGCAAAUCUCAGUUCUUGAAACUACCUACAUGAAGGCAUUGGUGUGUGUGGGAGGAUGGUGGCAGUGCCCCCCUUCUACCCCGCCCAAUAGAACCCGACACAGUUCUGAUAAUCAUCAGCCUGCAAGGUGAGCGAAAGGCCUUCGCUCGAAAUUUUGAAGUGUUUUUCCGUAAUCUCCUUAAGUUAAAAGGUAUUUUAAUUAUUACCUUUCAAGAAGAAGGCAUUUCAUUAGAAGUAUUUGACACCACAAAUUGCUUCGAGAAUUACAAUGAAGAGAAGCCUGCGCAAGAGUUUUCAGUCAAACAAAUGUAGGACGGACAUUAUCCACGACCACUUGAAACAUGUAAUAAAUGUUAAUUACCGUUGUUGGCAUUUUACGAUGAACAAUGGCAGAUCAAACAUUGUCUAUUGUGACAUUGUCACAAAUUUCAUUAUGUUUAAAGAGCACUUCAAUAAGUUCAAACAAUCAGCGUGAAGCCUGUAAUUGGCCGACCAAAUUAAAACCUAUGGAAUGCUCUUGACAAACAUCAAAGUUUCACAUGAGAAUGGAUAAUUUUAUCUACGACUGUUCUUUCGAUGCAAGCGACGGUAAUCUACGAGAAUAUGUAAAUGCAAAGAUUUCUGAAAUUUUAAGUACCUUACUGUUUUAACCAUAGGUAGUGAAUAUUUUACCUCAUACCGCCCACCUUCCUCGACUGUUAUGUUCACUCGGUAUGACCCCCUGGGACUGUCCUACGUCAGCAUCUGUGACGUCAUGUUACCCAGUGUUACUGGAUGGUAGAGUGUUGGGGUAUGUUGAAGAACAGUUAGCUGACGACUUGGUAAAAAGACUUAGAAUAAUGAAAGUUGAACAACUAGAACAGGUCAGUUGAUUGGGAAUCGCAAUCAUUUCUCCUUAGUCCUCUUGAAAGCUGAUUUACCCGCGCGUCGGCUUCAAUGAAUCAUAGACGUUUAUCAUAGGAGUUAGCAUUCCAGUUUAUUUGUAGUUCAAUGGGUUGGCACGACACGUCUGUACCAGAACUCGGUACCAUUGAAGUCCGAGUCGGUCAGCACUGCAUUUCAUAUAGAGUUAACUAAGGGUCUGUUCAUAUUAGUAUAGGUAAUCAUGCGAUGACGAGUACAAUUAGUCAUUAAUAGUACGAGUGAUGUUUGGAAAUUUUGCCAAAAUUGGACGAGCCGCCGGGGCGAGUCCAAUUUGGCAAAUUUCCAAACAUCACGAGUACUAUUAAUCCCUAAUUGUACGAGCAACAUCUUGUUUAUACUUGUUUAUUAGAGAGGUUAAGAUACCCCGGUUCCGGUUUACGGGUACGAGUAUCGCCAUUUUGUUUACCAAUUUUUGCUGAUGUCAGCAAUUUUACCCGUAAUUUCUACCCGUUUCCCCGCGGUAAACCGGGGUCUACACGUAAACGACAAACGGGUACGGGUGUUUUCUGUUUACUAUUUUUGGGCCGCUUAAAUAGUACAAAUUUUCAACAUCUUACCUCAAUAAAUAAUGCACAUAUGCUGGUCAAAGUUUUGACAAUUUAUGGCGAACCUCAACAGCGAAAGUUGCCAUUCUCUGAUCGGUUUUCUCACGCCGGAGUAUCUUGGAUUUCUUAAGUUACAAAUUAUUCCCCGAUUUACAGGUACGGGUACGUGUAUAUCACCCGUACCCGUAAACCGGAAUCGGGGUAUCUUAACCUCUCUAUUAUUAGCAUGACAACAUUGGAUACUUAAUUCUUAAUGUCAACAUCAUAAAUUCUCUCGCCAAAGACCAGUCCUGCCGGCUUUCAACCAAAAUUUGGUGCUUUUGUCCGUAUUUUCAUUUAGUUCUUUUGUUAAAGCAAAAUUUGGUGCUUUUGUUCGUAUUUUCAUCUAGUUCCUCUAGGGAAAUUUCAUUUCACGCUUGUGUUUAAAAUACCUUUCCGCCACUUUGUUUGUUUUUGGAAAAUCAUUAAUUGUACUGCAGUACAAUUAAUGAAAUAAUUGUACUCCUCUCAACCAAUCAGCAUCCAGUAAUUUUGUCAUGCUAACAAUAAACCCACUUUAUACCGAGAGGUCUCGGCUUUAAACUGGUAUGCAACACAAAUAUUUUAACGACAUUGAUAAUUUGUUGGUUUGUUUGCAAGGAAGAGCAAUGCUUUGGCAAUCUAUUUUUUAUAUGUUUGUGAUGUUGUCUCUGAGUGUGUUCACACCGGGCAAACUGAAACGUUUGCUUGACCGCGGUGGGAAUCGAACCCGCGACCUUUGGUCGUUUGCUAGUUCCGAAAUAUCACGCGUUCCGAAAUAGCAAUGGUAGGAUAAAAAAAAAAACGAUUCUCUAUAUGCAUGCAUGAUAUAGAAAUUCCACAAAAGUAUAAGUCCAACUGAGCUACUGGUCAAGUCGGUUCGAGUGGGUGAUAUUUCGGAACUCAGUCUAGCAAAUAGCCUGCGUUGCAGACGGUUGUUUUUGGGAGGACUUGCGGGCGGGAAAAUUUGAUGAUAUCCCCAUGAUAUUUUUUCAAAAUAUUCCUCCCUGGACAUAUAAGGUGAUAAACAGUUUAUCGUGUAUUAGAUAAUGAAUAUAAUAACAGAUUCAAAUAGCUGCAAUUGCUAAUUAUCACUUGCAUUGCUUACUUGGUCUUGUCGUUAAUGCGUUCCACCACAUGAGCCCUUUGCGCUUUUCUGUGUUGUAACUCUUUGUGUAUUUCAUUGUGAGCUGGUCUCAUUUUUAGGUUCCCAAACAUUUGGAAGUUUGUUUAGUUCCUUUCACUAAAACAGCAAGUCAGUAUCCUGGUCUUUAUCUAUUUACAACCCCUGCCAGAAUGACGAGAUCUUUAUUAAAUAUCGCUGCUGGCAAACCUGAAAUGAUUGGCACCUUUGAACAG